UCCUCGUCGCUACCGCCCAACAUCUCUGCACUUACAAGGGCUUGUCGAACUGGCUUCAUUUCAACGGUUUCGUUGGCCGCACGAUCCCGUAUUUGGCGUGGGGUGGUAAAUCCUCCUUGCUUUGAUUUUGGUUGAAUCAAUUUCCUCGUGGUUUUAAUUCAAUCUCUCUUUUUUUCCUCUUUUUUUUUUCUUUCUUUCUCAACGGAUUGAUAGUUCAUAUCCUACACUUUAAAGCCGUUGGAUUUGUCUGUCAAUCUCUCGAAGCCAAGCCAACGCCGCCAAAAGCUAGCUUUUUGAAAGAAAACAUAAAAAGAGAGUAGACCAGCUCUACGGUACCUUACCAAAACAGCCAGAUCUUGCUGGGCUUAAAUCGCGAUGGCGGUAACACCAACUACGCCUCCGCCUCCAUCCCCACCACCGAGAUCAGUAACCCCGGCGUAUCACACUCAAGAUGAGAGGAAGCACAUUCCAACAACCACAGCUGAAGCAACUCUUCCACUGCAUAGCGGCGAUUUCGGAUCCAUCCACAGCCCCGGCCUCAACAGCGACAUGUUUCGCGCAGAGCGGCUACAACACCGGCAGCAACAGCAGGAACACCAGGACCAACGGCGUUAUAAAUUGAAUCGCAGACGCACCCUUCCGCCAUUCAUCCGUCCCGAGGGUGAGAGCGGACGGAGUGGUUUCUCGCUGAUGCAAUUCAUCCGCAUCUGCUUCCAAUCGUCCAGCGCCGUCUCCUGCGCCGUCAACGUGCUGUGGCCGGUUGUUCCUGCGGCCCUCGUGGUCCGCUAUUCGGUACCUGAAUGGCACUUGGCGAUAUUUUCACUAUCUUACAUAGCAAUGGUACCUUGUGCCAACUUGGUCGGGUUUGCUGGGCAAGAGCUGGCGAGGAAAGUGGCGCAUGUUUACGGUGUCUUGGUCGAAACCACCUUCGGCUCCAUUGUCGAGAUCAUCUUGUUCAUCGUUCUGUUGGUGAACGGUAGCUUAACGCAGGUCAUUCAGGCUGCCAUCUUGGGCUCCGUUCUUGCCACGAUGUUGCUAUGUCUAGGUCUCUGCUUCAUAGCUGGUGGUCUCAGACGAGAAGAGACGGAGCAUAACGAAGCUAUCAGUGAAGCAGGCAGUGGAUUGUUGUUGACGGCUGGCGUGGGCCUUGCAAUCCCCGCGAUAUUCGAAAAGGCCCUGAUAGGAUCAGAUCUCGUGACACCAGAAGAACUAUCCGAGCGAACGUUGAGUUUGUCGCGUGCCACGUCCAUCUUGUUGAUCAUUGCGUACAUAGUGUUUGUCUGGUUCCAGGCCAAGACUCACCACGGUAUCUACGAUUCCGUAUUUCGGCAGGACGAUCAACGAGAUUCGGACCGGCGGCGUGAUCUGUCCAAGGACACACUGACCAUUUUCGAAUGCGCCCUUGCCCUUGCCAUGUCCAUUGCGCUGGUGACCAUCAUCGCCAUCACGCUCGUGGAGGAAAUCGACUUCAUGGUACUGGAACGCGGCGUUUCAGACUCUUUUAUGGGCUUAAUUCUCGUCCCGCUCGUGGAAAAGGCGGCUGAGCACCUCACGGCCGUCGAUGAGGCUUGGGACAACCAAAUGAACUUUGCCUUGUCCCAUGUUCUGGGCGCGACUCUCCAGACGGCGCUGUUCAACGGGCCUUUUGUGGUCAUCAUCGGCUGGAUAUUGAACAAGCCGAUGGGGUUGGAUUUUCACAUCUUUGACAUUGCCGUGUUGCUCCUCGCCAUCAUCACUGUGGGUGGCUUUCUCAGAGAUGGCAAGACCAACUACCUCGAGGGAUCCCUCUGCGUCAUUGUGUACAUUGCCAUCGCAGCAGCGGCGUAUCAUUACCCGAAUCCCGCUCAUCUUUCUGGCGGCGACUCAGAAGAGCACUGAGACCUCAAUGCAGAGGAUAUUUUCGCGGGUCGAUCGAUGUUGGUUGCGAAUCGGGCGAUGAUGAUUCAUAAUGAGAGAGAAUGGAGGAAAUAUUUCUGCUAGCCGCAUAGUAAUUUCAUUCCAUAUUUUAUCCACUUGGCCUUUUCUUGUUCUUUUUUUGUUUUCAUUGGUGUUUGGUUUCAUGUC